CCGGGAAGGGCCCCGGGGCGGGCCCGGUGUGCGGCUCCGCCGGCACGGAACGCGUGCGGUGCUGGAUGUGCCAGGAAAGGCCCCGCUCCGCCGGGGAACGAGCGGCGCGGGAGCGGAGAGCGCUGCUCGCUGCGGGGCUGCUUCCCGAAGAACUGUCCUGACAGCUUCUUGCUUCUGCUACUUGUUAAUUUGUGUGCAUUCAACAUGAGCAGUGAAGAUGAAAUAAAGGAAAGACUGGAUGCGGAAUUAGAUCGCUGUAUCGUGGCCAUGAAGCCCUAUGUCCUUAACCUGCAGAAUAGUUCAGAAAGAAAAAGAUGCUCACUGUGGAUUAAAAAACUCUGCAAACCUUCAGCAGCAGGCAUAGGAAUAGUGGGAAGGGAGAAUCGAAACUUGUAUGCAAAACUUUUGCUCCACAUGCUGCAGAGGGGAGUUCUGAAUGGUCCCUUCACCCAAAAACCAGAGGAAGGAAUCCUGAAAACUUUGCCUGCCUACAUGUCAGUUUAUUUUGAUGAACCAAGUUCACCAAGAGCUCGGAGCAGGCAGGCUGGCUGCUUAUCUGAGUGGGUGGUGGGAGACCUGGGCAACCAGGACAGUAAUCUGUCCUCUGUGGAGGACUCAUCUUCAACAACAGUUCCUGCAUCUGGGGAAAGACUCAGUGAGAAGCCAUCAGUGAUAUCCCGUUGUCUGAGCUCUCCUCACCGCACGGAUGAAGAUGACCUAGGCACGUCACUGUCUGAUGAUCAACACAAAAGAAAGUUUUCAUUGGAUGAUGAUGACCUGGAAGCACGGCUCAAUAGUUGGAAUCUUGGGUUAGAAAACCCCAGAUACCUGCGAGAAAAACGGGUGCCAAUGACUGUGGUGACACCUAAAAUUGACUGUGGGCAGUGCAGCCCCUCUCGGUACCACCAGACACUGCUGCAAAUGCAGGAGAAGGAGCUGGAAAUGAAAAUGAAAAUAGCAGAAGGUAAAUUUCAUGAAGAAAAACUGAAAUUACAACAGAAGCACGAUGCUGAUGUUCAAAAGAUUUUGGAUAGAAAGAAUGAUGAAAUAGAUGUGCUGAAGUCCAACUACCUAAAGAAACAAAAAGAGUCUGAGGAUAUGAUAAGAAAGCUGGAGAAAAAAGUUCAGACCCUCGUUCGUGAGUCCCAAGUUGUGAGAGAAGCCAAAGAGCAGCAGAUUGCAGAGCUGAGGAAGAUGUGUGAGCAAAGCAAUGAUUGCCUGAACAAUGAGUGGGAGAAAAGGCUCCACGAUGCUGUGGCUGAGAUGGAGAAGGAGAAGUUCAACAUCCGGAAGAAGCACACGGAGGACAUGCAGGAGCUGCUGGAGGAGACCAACGCCCGGCUGGCCAAGAUGGAGGAGGAGUAUUUGCAGCAGACACAGUCAACUAAUGAGACAGUCCAAAAGCUGGGGGCCCGUGUGCAGCAGUUGACUGUUGAGGCUGAAAACAGCAAUUUACAGCGUCAGAAAUUAUCUCAGGAGAAGACUGAGACAGAACUGCGCUACCAGGAGGUCUGCUCCCAGCUCCAGGAGCUGACAGAAAGGUACAAGUUACUUCAGAAAGACAAGGACCAGAUUAUGCAGGAGUACAAGGAGAACCUUCAGCAUCUACAAAGUAAAUUUGAGGUUGAUAGAGAUUUUCUGAAGCAGGAACAAGCUCAGACAUGUGAUGUGAUUGCAGAAUUACGCCGUGAAACGGCUCUGCUGAAACAACAAUUGCAAGAUGCUGAACAUCAAAGGAAGCAACAGCUGAGGGAACAAGAAUACAAGGUUCAGCAGGACAAGCUUCGCAUGCAGCGUGUGUAUGAGAAACAGAUUAAUGGCAUUAAGAAUGAUCUGGAUAAAGAAAAGGGGAAUGCUCAAAAGAAAAUUUGCCACCUGGAACAGGUUCUGAGGGAGAAGGAGGAGCAGCUGAGGCGGGUGACGGAGGUACAGAGGCUGCAGGCCCAGCAGGCAGGCGCUGCCCUGGAGGAGUUUAAGCGGCAGGUGGAGCUGAACUCAGAGAAAGACUCUGCAGAAAUGAAACAGCGGAUGGCAGAGGUUGAAGCAGAUCUAAGCAGAUCAAAAUUGCUCCGGGAAAAGCAAGCCAGAGAAUUCUCCUGGCAGUUGGAUGAGAUCAAGAAAGGAUAUGAACAACAGAUAGUGGAGCUGAAGCUGGAGCAUGAACAGGAGAAGACGCACCUAUUCCAGCAGCACAACACAGCGCACGAAUGCCUGGUCCGAGACCAUCAACGGGAGAUGGAGAAACUGGAGAAGCAGCUUCGCGCUGCCAUGGCAGAGCACGAGAGCCAAACUCAGGACUGCAGGAAGCGAGACGGCCAGGUGAUCUCUGGCUUGGAGAGCCAAAUCCGCAAGCUGAGGGAGGAGCUGAUCCAGGCCAACAACCUGAGGAACCAUCAGCUGCUGGACCUGAGCCUGCAGAGGGACGAGGAGAAGCUGAGGGCAACUCGAGAGAAGGAGGAAGCACUGAACAGCGUGAAGAUGGAGAUGGAGAAAGUGAUAGCAGAGCUGAAGAGGAGGCACACGGCGGAGACAGAGGCGGCUUUGAGGAAGAUGAUGGCACACUGUUCAGCACUGGCAAAGAGAGAUAGAAGAUGAAGGGAAGGAAUAUGACAUCUUCUGAGAUGAAAGAUGCUCCAAGAGAUACUUGAUUAAAAGUACUGAGUUACCCCUAAGCAGUUAAUUCUCCUCCUAAAGUAAAAUCAUCUUGUGCCUUCCAUGAGUUACCAUUUCUGAGUCCUGUCUCGCCAGCUCUGCUUCUUCUCUGCCACCUCCACAUUUCAUUAGCACCAAAAGUGGUUCCAUCUUUGUCCCUAAGACCUUCUGAGAACUGGCUGUGGUGGGACCUUUGAUCUGACACCUUUCACUUCAUUACCGUGGAGACUGAAGCCACACUUGCUGCAGAUAACUUUGUUUGUGAUGGGUUUUCACACUCACUGCAGUGAUUCCCGGGUUAUUUACAUGGGGGCAAAUAGGUCAGCCAUAAAUGUGGAUGUGUAUUCCUCCCAAGGGUAAUGGUCUCAUUAAAUUGUGUCUAAUUGUAAUGCAGACCUGUUUGUGUCCUUGCUGAAUGCAAGCAGGACCCCCACCAGUUGAAGAUGUGCCAUUUUUUUAAACUUGUUUUGAGUCUAUUACAUCAAUUAUUUAGCUUAGGCCCCAGCUAUGAAUAAUUUAAAGAGCCUCCAAUUCUUACCAAGAAGAGUUGGAUGUUUCCCAAGUCUCCUAAUUUUUUUUCAUUAUAAUCCAAGAGCUAUUGUCUCUGAUAUUAUCUCUCUGUUCCAGAGCAGUAAUAUUUUUAUUGGUUUUGUUUUGUAGAGCCCGUGUACAUUAAAUUACAUUUCGUUCUUGAACAUUUCUGACACAGCCAUAGUGAUUCACCCACUAAUAUUAAUAAAAAGGAGUGUAGUACAUUUGGCUUUGUUGGAGAAAAUCUAGCAAAACCAGAAAUGUGGUGCCAAAAGAUCAAGUAAAAGCAAAACAUGAUGCCAAAAGAUCAAGAAGAAAUGUAUUUCACAAAGAAGAAAUAUUUUUAAUGCAUAUUAGCACAAAGAAUGAAGAUUAUUUAAUCUGUUUUGACAGUACCUUUCCACAAAUGCUUUUAAAAGCAGUUUCCUCUGUAGUGUGUCCCUUUUUGCACUGCUCCUUCUUAUUCCUGCAAAAAAAAAGUGGAAUGAUGGUGGACCAGGAACAUGGUGACAGGAAUUGCAUCAUCCCUCAGGGGAGCCAUUUGGAAGAGUCUUCAAUCAACAGAGCCAAACAUGAAGAAGAAGAUGAUAGAAUCAUCUCAGGGAUAUUUCACUCAAAUAGGACUAAACAGAAUUUAUGGCACUCUCCCUACUGGAGAUGUUUCAAGGCAAGAGCUGCAGUUAUUCACAGAGUUACACUGCUCCUAUCUCCUUUAAAUAAAAAUAAAAACUCUGAAAAAGCAAUCCAGAAAACAACAAAUCAGAUUUCUGCUCAUCAGCUUAUUCAUAAAUCUGGUUCCAGAGUUAGGAGGCAGGAGAAGUUGGUAUAACUGUCACUGUGGGGAAAAAAACUGUGCACCCAUGAGCAACAGGCUCACUUUUUAAUACCUUCAUUAAUGUCAAGCACCAGUAUUGGCAUUCACAAACAGCACCACAGGGUCGAAAAUGAAAAUGAUUGAAGCAAUGCUGUUAAGAAACGAGAACCAGACAAGAGCUAAAUGAUAAAUUAUGACAAAAUAUGGAAUUAAAAAGAUGGCUUUUAUCAGGGCAAGGACUGAUGUGAUUAAAAUUAAAGCUCAAUCAUGUGGCCCAUCUUUCAGCACACUUCACUCAUGUCCUGUCAUAUCAAUGAUAGCUGGGUAGUUGUUGAAGAAGUUUGCUUGGGUUUUUUAGGGUUUAGUGGGUUUUUAACCAACUGGAAUUCAUCUGAAGUUUCUGUUGAAGAAGCAUUCACAGGUGGGGUUUUUUGUUGUCUCUGUCUCCUCUUUCUUUUUCGAGUGUGUGCCCAAACACCGCUCCCGUUCUGCAGCGCCUGGGCACACGCUGCCUCUUCUCCAUCCCAGAACUUCCAGGUUUAUCCUCCAGAUCAAGACUCACAAAGUCCUGGCCAUGGUGGAUAAGGUGAAUGCUGAGGUUUUGCCAGUGGCAGAACAACUGUUUUAAUUAUUUUUUCAAUCGUUUCCCGAGCCUUUCUUCACUCUCCAAACAACCUGUAACACACCAGCUUUAUCUUGUAAUACACAAUUGCUUAUUAUUUCAACUUUAUUAAAUAGUUUUAAAAGCCCAAUUGAAUAAUUACGUCAUGCUCUCCCCUUUUGCCCAAUACCUUGUGUCUUGGAAAAGGCUGACUGCUUGUAGGUCAAGUUUUAUCUAAUUUAUUUAUCUAAUUGUAUUUUUCCUCGCAUCCCUGGGUACUUGAUAAUGUUUGGAAAACAUUGGCUGUUUUCCAGUGUGGUGCUGACUGCAACAUGAGAUUACUGGUGGAUUUUUAUUUUUUAUUCUUUUAUUUUCAAUUAAUUCUUAGAUUUGUUGGGAAUUCUGGAGUGAGGUUCCUGGUCAGGUGUGACAGGAAGGAUUCCCUGCUCCUGGAUCCCAGUCCCUGCUGGUUUCACUGGGGCUCCUCCGUGGUUUUGGUUGUGCAAACAGCAGGAACUGGUGUUUGUUCCUUGGAAUUAGAGGUAGAAAAUCCUCCUGUAUCCAUGAGCUCCCCAUUCUUACUUUGCUUGGAAGUUUCUGGGGUGAUCUUUGUGCAUCCUUUGCGCAAAAGCUUUGUCAAGUCCCCCAAACCCCAGAGUCAGCACAAGGUGCCCCAUGGAACGUGGGCAUCACAUCCCUGCUUAGGUCAGUACAGCAAAAUAAACCAGAUUUCUAAAUAGCUUUGUUUAGGAAAAAUGCUCGGUGAUCAAAACCAAAUUAAUGUAAAAUGUAAUAAUUGUGUUUUUAAUUUUGGCACAUUUUGAAGACAUUGUUUACACUCAUUUGCUCUUUCUUCAUAUCAUUAUAAUAGAGAAAAGCUGCAGGUGGCUUUUCUUCUUCUUCUUUUUGGAGAAGGAGUGUUUGGGAAAUAGGGAAGGGGUAAAACAAUGUUAUUAGUCCUUCAGAGUCAUUAAUAUGAAGAAAGAAAAGUGCUCCAAAAUUACUUGCUUACAGCUGCAGAACGUGUCAUGGAGUAAAACCCACCUUCAUUAAAUGGGUGAGAAAGAAUUCUAAUUGUUUUGAAGUUCUUAUGAUCAGUCUGUAUGUGCUUCAUUGUAACAUGAUACUAAAGUGCCUCAAUUAUGAUUUGUAUAUUUUGGUGCCAGAAGGGUUUUUUUCUUAUGCUGAAUUAUUAAGUUCUGUCAGCUGCUGGGCUGUCAUAUAGAGAUACAGUAAAUCACAUUAUAUUUUGUCAUGGAUUACACAGAGCAAUAAAUUUGGGAAGAGAGAUCAAAGUAGUUUCACAAUCACAUCUGAGUGUAGGAGGGGUGUUUAACUUGUAGAAAAUCUGAUUUAGGUGAAACUGUUGCAGUUCUUGUGUGAAUUUGAAAUGAAUUUAAAUGUUUGCUUGAAAAUGAAUAAGGUACAAAUCCCCAAAAGAGUUCUCCUGUAUUUAGUUCAGAGGAGUUAAUUCUGACCUACAGCUGCAGGACAGAGAACAGAUAAAUAAUUAAACAUUGGGAAUGUUAAGAGUCUUGCAAUGCCUUAUUUAUGUUUUUAAUUGCUUUGAUGAUGGAGCAAUAUAUUCCAUUUUCUUUUUAAUUGGCCUUUGCUGGACUUGGGAAGUUUCUCCUCGGCUCGGUGAUGCGCUCUGGCUCCGGGAAGUUGUCUCUCUUUUGGGGAAGCUUUGUCAUAUUUAAAAUACAAAAAUUAAUCCAACAUAAUCUUGCUAAGCAGCUCUGAUGGCUUCAGAUCACAGAUUUGUUGGGGGAUAUGGUUGUAUUUUCAGUGUCUGUCUUUCCAACUGUAGAAGCUUAACUUUUGUUGGGCUCUUGUCUAACGAUGUAACUUCAAACACUGAGUUAAUUUUGUGAUACUGAGUUAAUUUAUUGAUAGCAAGUUAAUUCAGGGGUACAGUUUGUCCUUUGUUCCCACUUCUUCUUCCAUUUAAUAGCAAAGAUUCUGUCUUAAAAUGAUACACACAUAGAAUGUUUUUCUACUCGUUGUCUUCUUAAUAAAUGCUUGUUCUUGCCACAAAGUUCAAUUUAAGACAAUGCAAAAUCUAAAGACUUCAUUCUUAUCCCUUUGUAAUUCUUUCAGGAGCCCUAAAGUCUCUCCUUGGCAAAAAUCAAGGUGUGUGAAUUUAGCUGAUAAAUAAUUAUAAAAUGCCUGGGUCUCAGAAAUCUCCAAUUUCAGAAAGAAUCAAGUUUUGUAAAGCUAAAUUAAAUAGUCUUUAACUGAGUCAAGUCAUGGAUCAGUGUCACAUCUUGGGACUGUUGCCUUCUGUGCAUGGAGGAAGCUUUAGCUUUGACUUGAUGUGAAACAUCUUCAGAGGUGUUUCCCAGCCUGUCCCCUCGUGCUUUGGCUGGGGGUACCAGAAAUGGCUUUGCCUG